CGCCUUCGAACAGAGCGGCUGUGUGGCGUGGGAGAAAGGCCGGCGUGGAAAAGGACUGUUCCGGCCUAGCGUGCAGCUCAGCGGCUAAGAGCCUCCAGCAGAAACUCUUCAAUAUCUUGCACGUUUCAGACUUCACUACUCCGAUCAGCUGGGAGGUAACAUGUGGCUCUUGACAGCUCUGCUCCUUUGGGUGCCAGCUGGUGCGCAGAUCUCAGCGGACCCCUCAAAGGCAGUGAUCACCUUGCAACCUCCAUGGGUCAGUGUGUUCCAAGAGGAAAAUGUAAACUUAUGGUGUGAGGGACCCCAUUUACCUGGGGACAUCUCUACACAGUGGUUUCUCAAUGGCACAGCCAUUCACACCUUGACCCCCAGACACAGAAUUGCUGCUGCCAGUGUCAAUGACAAUGGUGAAUACAGGUGCCAGACAGGUCUUUCAGUGCCAAGUGACCCAGUACAGCUGGAAGUCCACAGGGAUUGGCUACUACUCCAGGUCUCUAGCAGAGUUGUCACGGAAGGGGAACCUCUGACCUUAAGGUGUCAUGGAUGGAAGAAUAAGACGAUAUACAAUGUGCUUUUCUACCAAAAUGGCAAGGUCUUUAAAUUUUCUACUGGGAAUUCUGAAUUCACCAUUCUGAAAACCAACCUGAGUCACAGUGGCAUCUAUCGCUGCUCAGCCAUGGGAAAGCAACGCUUUGAAUCAGCAGGAGUAAAUAUCACUGUAAAAGAGCUAUUUCCAGCGCCAGUGCUAAAAGCAUCUUUGUCAUCACCCAUCCUGGAGGGGCAUCUGGUCAACCUGAGCUGUGAAACAAAGUUGCUCCUACAGAGACCUGGUUUGCAGCUUUAUUUCUCCUUCUACAUGGGCAGCAAGACCCUGCUGAGCAGGAACACAGCCUCUGAAUACCAGAUACUAACUGCUACGAGAGAAGAUUCGGGCUUAUACUGGUGUGAGGCUACCACAGAAGAUGGCAGCGUGGUCAAGCACAGCCCCAAGUUGGAGCUUCAGGUGCUUGGUCUCCAGACACAACCUCCUGUUUGGUUUCACAUUCUUUUCUAUCUGGCAGUGGGAAUACUGUUUUUGGUGGACACCAUUUUCUGUAUGAUUAUAUAUAAGGAACUGGAAAGAAAGAAAAAGUACAAUUUAGAAGUCUCUUUGGACUCCGGUCAAAAGAAAAGAGUAAAUUCCUGCCUUCAAGAAGAGAGGUAUUUAGAAGAGCCAUAAUGUCAUGAACAAGAGCACUGCAAGAAAGGACAUACCAGAAGCCCCUGGAAGGAGGGCCGUAGCAGUGGCCCAGCUGGUGCCCACGGACCCAGACAGUCCCUCCCCUUCUUCUCUGUGCAAGCACUGGGGUGCAACCAUUCCAAAGUUUAAAGACAUCAAAACUGUGACUCUCAUGACAUCUGAUUAACUCUGAAAUAAAAUAAACAAUGAGCUGACUUAAGUGGA